AAAGAGAGGGAAAGCUAGGCAUUUUCUUUUGUGUUUUUGUUUCUGAGAGUAGUCUCCAUAGCAGGGUUAGGGUUUAAGGAAGAAGAUAAAGAAGGAGGCGAUCGAUCUGAGAAGUGAGAAUGGGAUUACAAAUGCAGUCACAUGGAAUACAAUCAAUGCUGAAAGAAGGCCAUAAACACCUCUCUGGUCUCGACGAAGCCGUUCUCAAGAACAUCGGUGCCUGCAAGGCACUGUCCAUUAUCACUGGGACCUCUCUUGGUCCCAAUGGUAUGAACAAGAUGGUUAUCAAUCAUUUAGACAAGCUGUUUGUGACCAACGAUGCCGCCACUAUUGUGAAUGAACUUGAGGUUCAGCAUCCUGCUGCUAAGAUUCUUGUUUUGGCCAGCAAGGCCCAACAAGAGGAAAUUGGGGACGGUGCUAAUUUGACAAUUUCUUUUGCUGGGGAGCUCCUUCAAAAUGCUGAGGAACUUAUAAGGAUGGGCCUGCACCCAAGUGAGAUCAUCAGUGGGUACACUAAAGCCAUCAAUAAGACAGUUGAAAUCUUGGAAGAGCUGGUUGAGAACGGUUCUGAGACUAUGGAUGUGCGUAAUAAGGAUCAAGUACUUUCUCGCAUCAGAGCCGCUGUUGCUAGCAAGCAGUUUGGUCAAGAAGAUAUCUUGUGCUCCCUUGUUGCUGAUGCAUGCAUCCAAGUGUGCCCGAAGAACCCAGCAAACUUUAAUGUUGAUAACGUCCGUGUUGCUAAGCUCUUGGGAGGAGGUCUGCAUAAUUCUACAGUAGUUCGGGGCAUGGUUUUGAAAAGUGAUGCUGUGGGGAGUUUAAAGCAAAUCGAGAGGGCAAAGGUUGCUGUGUUUGUUGGUGGUGUUGAUUCUUCUGCAACUGAAACGAAAGGAACUGUCUUAAUUCAUUCUGCUGAGCAGCUAGAAAACUACUCAAAAACUGAAGAAGCAAAGAUUGAGGAGCUUAUCAGAUCAGUUGCAGAUUCAGGUGCCAAAGUAAUUGUCAGUGGAGCAGCGGUAGGAGAGAUGGCAUUACACUUCUGUGAGCGUUAUAAGCUCAUGGUUCUGAAGAUCUCUUCAAAAUUUGAGUUGCGUCGAUUUUGCCGAACAACUGGUGCUGUUGCAAUGGUAGCUGUGCCUACCAGCCUAACCCAGCCUAACCCAGAUGAUUUGGGAUAUGUUGAUUCUAUUUCAGUUGAGGAAAUUGGUGGUGUUAGGGUCAUUAUUGUCAAGAAUGAAGAAGGUGGGAACUCUGUUUCCACUGUGGUUUUACGAGGAAGUACUGAUAGUAUACUAGAUGACCUUGAAAGAGCAGUUGAUGAUGGAGUCAACACCUACAAGGCUAUGUGCCGGGACAGCCGUGUCGUACCUGGAGCUGCGGCUACUGAGAUUGAGUUAGCUAAAAGAGUGAAGGAAUUCUCAUACAAAGAAACAGGAUUGGAUCAGUAUGCAGUAGCAAAAUUUGCUGAAAGUUUUGAGAUGGUUCCUAAAACGCUGGCUGAGAAUGCUGGGCUUAAUGCAAUGGAGAUCAUAUCUUCUCUAUAUGCUGAACAUGCAUCUGGUAAUAGCAAAGUGGGUAUUGACUUGAAGGAAGGUGUUUGCAAGGAUGUCUCAACCUUGUGUGUCUGGGACCUUUACAUCACUAAGUUCUUUGCUCUCAAAUAUGCUGCAGAUGCUGCUUGCACUGUACUGCGGGUGGACCAGAUUAUAAUGGCAAAACCAGCAGGUGGUCCAAAGAGAGAUCAGCCUGCAGGGAUGGAUGAGGACUAGUUGAAAUGGCAAUUGAUAUUUUGGUCAUGCUUUUAGUUCUCAUAAGCAGGUUCUUGGACUUCGUUAGGCAUCUGUUGUUUUCUUUCAGAUGCCAAAAACUUCGUUUGUAAGAAAAUUUUGUUUAGGGUAGGAAAAGUGUCCUAUUUUUUGCUUUGUAUAUUUUGCUAUGGUUGGGAGUGAUGGCGGUUUUACAUAGAAAGUCCAAAUCAUUUUGUUGAGAACCUGAAUCAUGUUAAUUUUAAAGGUUGUAAAAGAAUAAACAUUCCAUGACAUGGUUUGAACUUGAUGUUCUGGCAAAAGGAAAUAUAAAUGGCACAGGCAGAGAACUGGCAGGUCAAAUUAGGAAA